CCUUAAGCCCAAAACCUGCCGAAAGUACUUAUUGUCGCUUUGUCAGAGCAGAUGAUGUGCAGAUUGUCAGUUGUGAACCCACGCGGAUCGGUGUUCAACGGGUUAAACACCUCGCCCCUACAAGUUAUUUCCGUAAGUUCGCCCUUGUGGUAGCCAGUACUGGUCGGCUGGAGCGAUUCCCAAACACCAUUUGUAUUAUCAAGUGGUCUGCGAUUGGCACAUGCCGUGAGCGCGAAACGGCCUGCAGCAGCCGCAAGCGUGGGUCCUGCAGGCGCAGACACGUGCGAAUCGCCCGCGGGACACGCGAGCAUCACGGUAUGACAGACUGCACGAGAAUCAUGGAAUUGGAGGUUUUUCUCAGCGUUGUUCAAAUACGAUACCAAUCAGGCAGCCAUACUCCGUCAGAAAUCAAUACCGUCAUGCGCAUGCAGGCUGCGAUGUAGCCCUAACUUCUGCUACUGUGGAAAAACAAUUGCAUUGCACAGCGUUCAUAACGACCGCUGAAGGAUAGUGGUUACACUACGCUCGUCGUCGAAAGCUCGUACAUUCACACUGAUGUUAGUGACAAGCUAAUGAAGUUUAAUUGUACGCACCAAACGUGGAGUCGCUGCCCUUGAAAUCGUUGGGUGAGCAGCAGAGCGCAGUGCACGCUGCAGCUACAGUGCUCGUAACAUUUUAUUCACGCUGUUUAGCUCGCUGCUACGGAUAUAUUUCGUGCCUCAAAAUUGUUUUCGCAGUUUAUUUUAUUAUCGCUGCACAAGACGCACGAAUUAAGUGUGCGACUAAAAUUUUGUUUGAAGGGGUCGCCACAGGCGCCGCGCUGACAAAAAAUGGCGCUGUUGUGAUAGUCCCCCAAAACGUCUACUAAACAUGUGCCGGGCCGGGUCGUAGUUUCCCUAAGUUCUACGAAACUCUAGGUCAGGUGUAGUGUGUGGCUAAGUUGGGAGAAAUCGGGUCUGGUGCCCUUCGCCUUGAGCACAAAGCUGGUCCUGCCGAGCAUAAGUUACGGUAAUAAUUUUCAUGUGGUCUCACCCGUGCAACGCGGAAUGAUGAACCAAUCGUCGAUGAGGACGCAGUCCUUGGAGAAUGCAACCGAGCAGAGGAAUAAGAAUCCGUGUUAUAAGGAACAGAAAUUGAGUAUGAAGUGCCUAGAGGACAACGGUUACGACUAUGACAAAUGUCAGCACUACUUCGAUAACUUCAAAGCCUGCAAAGGCUUUUGGCUGGCCAUUUCCAAGGACAGAAGAAAGAAAAACAUACAUCCUGCAAUGCCGCCUCCCGAGGAACGCGAGACCAUCAAGCAAGAGUACCUAAAGCAAGAAGCACAGAGACGACGGAUCAGUGGACAGCCAAGCAGCUAGCUGUUUAUUUUUUUGGCUAACUAGCGGUUGACCCAUCGGUGCACAGUCUCCUCCCAGUCGGUGUUGGCCGCCUCCUCCUCAUCUUCAGUGCGGACGUAGCUGUCAUCAUCGGUGGUUCCUGGCUGGAGGCAGCUGGGCGACAGCUCCUGCAGGCAUGGCAACUGUCUUGCAAUGACCGGAUGGUGCCUAAACUGUGUUGCAACAGAAGCACCAAGCAGAACGACCUUGGCUCAGAGGGCCAAGGUCAUUAAUCGACGUACUGAAAGCUGCAGGGUGUGCUGACGAUAUAGCUGUAUUAAGCUUACUGUAGAUAAUCUUCAAAUGGGUAGGGCUAUGAAAAUUCAAUAAAUGCUGCAAAAUGAUAAGCAAG